AUGGUCGUGCCUCCAGAGGCUACCCUUAUCCCGGAACUGUAUUGGCUCGGUACCCAGGCUUCAUUUCAAUUUGCACACAUCUUCUAUCAUGUUCAGAACGGAUAUUAUCCCGAUUUCGAGUCGGGAACGCACCUUUUACCGCUUUGGGGAGUAGAGGCUGCUGAUCAUGGCAAAAAGGCUGUGGCGGCACAGGCUGUAUCAGGUACUGUGUACCGGUUUGCUACUGGAGUGACUGGUGGUGGAUCUGCUAAGGCAGCUGCCCCAGCCAAUAUUGAAGAACUGGCGGAAUGGCUUUCUGAUGAAACUGCACGUGUCAUUGUGACUGAUGAGGAGGAAUACGACUUUACCGCAACAACUACGACCGAAGCUGGGUGUUCUCGUAUCAGCUUCCCCUUAACCAGCGGUGGGCAAUUAUACAUUGGAGAUCUUUCCUGCGGUGGCUCGGAGCAUUAUCAGCAGCAAUGGCAGGGCGCGCUGAACGGCAAGGGUCUUUCGCUAAAGAGAGGCGCCAGCAACGUCAUCAUCCAAGGGAUCGAGUUCACCAACAUCAACCCAGAGUAUGUUUGGGGAGGUGAUGCGCUAGACAUGCAAGAGAACAAUUACGGCGUCUGGGUAGACCACUGCAAGUUUUCGCUCGUCGGCCGCAUGUUUGUUGUUUCUCACUAUGAUGGAUCCCGAAUCACAUUGCCAAACAACGAAUUCGACCGCGUGACCAUCACGUCAGCGACCUGCAAUGGUAACCACUACUGGACUAAGAUGUUCAUCGCGGAUGGCGGCCAAGUCACAGUUGACAAGAACUACUUCGACGAUGUUUCUGGCCGCGCGCCAAAGCUCGGGCAAGAUGGUGUCACCGGGACAUUCCAGGCCACCAACAAUUACGUUGCGAACAUGGAAGGUUAUGUCUUUGAUGCUUACAAUGAAGCCUCCAUCCUAGUAGAAGGAAAUAUGUUCGACGCUGUUGACACUCCUAUUACCGAGGAAGCAGCUUCCGUUGGCACUUUCUACAAUAUCUCGACGGACAGCGGUAAUUUCCCAUCCCUGAAGUCCUCGAAUGCUCUCUCUGCCUUCUCUAGUCUGACCAAAUUCCUCUUCGAGCCCGUUGACGCCAGCGAAGUCCGGAGCCUUGUCACAGGCUCCGCAGGUCCUGCGAAACCGGUUUUGUCAGGCAGCUCAGGCUCCGACCCGGGGGCGGUGAUACUGUCCACCAGCUCUGCUAUCAGCUUCACUUCGGAUCUUGCAACGUCUGUCGGUGCUAGUGGCUCUCCCUUUACGGUGACGGCGCCAUCCGGCUCUGCUGCCAAGGGUACAGCUUCGUCAACUCCGCCAUCCAAGUGCGCCCAGCGCAAAAGGGCGUUCCGAGAUUCAUUCCGUGUUUAA